AGAAAUCCUUCAAAUUUGGCGGGGGCUUGAUAACCGAAUGGUUCUGCUUGAGACCUGUUCCUCUUAAACGACGCCCGACGAUAUCUCCUUCAUCCUUUCUCUCUCAAUCUCAUCUAUUCUUCUGCUUCGAUUAAAAUCACUCCAUCUUAUCAGAUGUUCUGUUAACCUAAUCGAAUCGCCAUGGAUGAAGAAUACGACGUCAUAGUUCUCGGCACCGGUCUCAAGGAAUGCAUUCUUAGUGGUCUCCUCUCCGUUGAUGGCCUCAAAGUACUACACAUGGAUAGAAAUGAUUACUAUGGAGGAGAGUCAACUUCACUAAACCUAAACCAGCUCUGGAAGCGAUUCAAGGGCAGUGAUUCGCCUCCUGCAGAACUAGGUGCAAGCAGAGACUACAAUGUCGAUAUGAUCCCCAAGUUCAUGAUGGCUAAUGGUGCCUUAGUUCGUGUUCUAAUUCACACUAGUGUCACAAAGUACCUUAAUUUCAAGGCUGUUGAUGGUAGCUUUGUGUACAACAAAGGAAAGAUUCACAAAGUGCCAGCAACUGAUGUUGAAGCACUUAAAUCCCCUCUCAUGGGAUUAUUCGAGAAGCGCCGUGCUCGGAAGUUCUUCAUUUAUGUUCAGGAUUAUGAUGAUAAUGAUCCAAAAUCACAUGAAGGGCUGGAUCUCACCAAAGUACCUGCAAGAGAUGUUCUCUCGAAAAAAUAUGGACUAGAUGAUAAUACAAUUGAUUUCAUUGGGCAUGCAUUGGCACUCUAUAGGGACGACAAAUAUUUGGACCAACCAGCUGUAGAUUUUAUCAAGAAAGUUAAGCUUUAUGCAGAAUCACUAGCUCGGUUUGCAGGAGGUUCCCCAUAUAUUUACCCCCUAUAUGGACUAGGAGAAUUACCUCAGGCAUUUGCUCGCCUGAGUGCAGUAUAUGGAGGCACCUACAUGCUCAACAAACCAGAAUGCAAGGUAGAGUUUCAAGAUGGGAAGGUAUUUGGUGUGACAUCAGAAGGAGAAACUGCUAAGUGCAAAAAAGUAGUGUGUGAUCCAUCAUAUUUGCCUGACAAGGUAAAGAAGGUUGGUAAAGUAGCUCGUGCUAUAUGCAUCAUGAGCCAUCCCAUCCCAAACACUAAUGAUGCUCAUUCAACCCAAGUUAUCCUGCCCCAGAAACAGCUAGGCCGCAAAUCUGACAUGUAUCUGUUCUGCUGCUCAUAUUCUCACAAUGUAGCCCCGAAAGGUAAAUACAUUGCUUUUGUGACAACAGAGGCAGAGACGGAUAGUCCUGAGCAGGAACUGAAGCCUGGGAUAGAGUUGCUUGGACCUGUGGACCAGAUCUUCUUUGAUGCUUAUGACAGAUAUGAACCCACUAACCAGGGUGCAGAAGAUCACUGUUUCAUAUCUACUAGUUAUGAUGCAACGACACAUUUUGAGACUACAGUACAAGAUGUGAUUGCAAUGUACAGCCAAAUAACCGGAAAGACUCUUGACUUGAGUGUGGACCUUAGUGCUGCAAGUGCUUCCAACGAAGAGUAGCAAUAACAAGAGUCUGGCAUUCUAUCUCUGACUUAACAGGAGUUUCAAGACAAAAACGAGUCAUGCUCUCCUAUCUUGGUGUUUUUCCCUUCUCAUUACAUACAGGACCAGAUGGUACACCUCAGCAGGAUGCUGUAAUUUCCGUAGUUGGUUAUUAGCGUGUAUUUUGAUUUGCUUAAGGGCAGCUUUUUGAAUCAAUAAAUUUAGGCGAUUUCUUUGAUAGAAGAAAUGCAUCCCAAGAACGUUUACUCUCUUUCAAUCUUUGGAGGUUACUUUGAAUC